AUGGAAUGCCCUUCGUGCAGGCAUGUCUGCAAAGAGGAAGCCCCCAAGUACUGCAGCCAGUGCGGGAACAGGCUGCCUCCUGUCGCCUCUGUAGCAGAUUCUGAGAACAACUCCAUGAUGGCAUCGGCCCCAGAGGGCAAAAUGGAAUGUGGGGAGGAGCUGAAGGACGAAGGGAGCCCUUGCUUGUCUCCGGGCUCAAGCGAUUGGCAAGAAAACCAAGACAAGCCCAGUUCUGAUGGCCCCUGGAUCACCAAAGAAAGCAAAAAGAAGAAAAGGAAGAAGAGAAGUAAUCGCAGCACUUCUUCAUCCUCAGAGCUGGAUUCCUUGCCCCUGUCUCCUUCCAGCCCCUAUAGUCUGAAUUCGCUUUCACUCUUGGAGACUCAGGAUACAGCCCUGUCCCAGAACCAGAAUCAGCAAGUUGGUCCAAGUGGCCAGCUGAACCAGACCCCCGGCAUAGGCGUGACUCCGCUGGAGGGUGACAGCCCCGCCAUGCACACUACGUUUGGCGAUAGCCCCUUGCAGGGCCAGGCUGCAGGAGGAGCAGGAACCGCCCUGGAAGGCGAGGCUCGGAGGAGUCCCCCACCACAGGACCUGACAGAAGGGAAGGACCAGGACACCUCUGUUCCCUCUGAGGGCAGAGGCCUCUCCCAGGAGGGGGCCGGCCCUACCAUCUCUGCUUGUGAAGGCCAUCCUGGGGCUAAAGAUGCUGCUCAGGAGAUCCUGUUGUCUGAGUCCAAAGCGGGCAGCUCUGAGCCCAGGAAAGAACCACAGAGUGCCAGGCAGCGGGCAGGAGCUCCAGCCUCUGGGGCAACCAAUGCUGCAGAUGAGCCAGUGAAUUCAGGUAAAGAGGCCAGGAAAGAAAUUAAAGACAAGACUGAGAAAACAAAACAGCCACCUGAGACCACUCCUGCUUCUAACAAAAAACACAGCCAGGAAGCCGAGACCAUGGACAAGAUGGCUGUCACUGGAGAGAAAGCUGGUAAAAAUGAGAAAGGGAAGCCAGAAGACUCGAAGAAGCCUGAAGGGAAUGACACAAAUUAUGCAGCUGCGGUGAAGAAGGAGAAGGAGCCAGGAAACCAGAACGCUAGGACCCAGGAAGUGAAGGAGAGCACACUGAGUCCUGGUGAAGGAAUCACGGUGUACUUUCACGCCAUCAUCUCUAAAGAUUUUGCAUUCAACCCGGACCACCAUAAAGUCUUUAUCAGGGGGGGAGAAGAACUUGGACAGCCAAAAUGGAGCAGGAACAUCUGUGAGCUGCAUUGUACCAGAGACUUAAAGGACAGUGGCUGUCUCGUUGAAGGUAGUACUGUCAUCUCCAAGAAGAACCUGAAUAAAUCCAUUCCUUAUAAGUAUGUCAUCUGUAACAACAAGAGCUCCUGUGAUUAUGAGUUCAUCUACAAGCGCCAGCAGAAGGAGGGCGAGUAUGUCAAUCGCUGUCUGUGCAUAAAGUCCUCACUUCUGGGCUCAGGAGACUGGCAUCAGUAUGAUGACAUAGUUUGCAUGAAACCUCCUGGGAAGAUUCAGAAAUUCAUGAACCACAUAACAGAUGGGACAAGGAAGGAUCUGGUGAAAGGAAAGCAAUUUGCCGCCAGAGUCAUGCUGGACAGCAUCUUCAGCAUCCUCCAGACCUGGGACACUAUCAACUUAAACAACUUUUUCAUCCAGUUCCAGCAGUUUUACUCUGUUGUCCGAGUCCCUAUGAUUUAUGAAGGACGUGCACUGCAGUGGAACACUUUGCAGUAUGGAGAGGAGGAGGUGAAGAAAGACCUGUGGGAGUAUUUGAAAAAGCAAAUGGCACCAUUUCUGAGUGGAAAAAGUGGGAACUCUCUGCCUAAAGACUGCCCAGUGAAGAGUAAAUUGGGAAUGGGUCUAAUUGCCCUGUUCUCAGUGGAAAAAUGUAACUUUCCCUUAUCAGAAAGUGACCUGGUCUCACUCUGUUACCUCUUGAGCCCGAGCACCAGUUCACCAGAUGACCUUCGCAAUGACUUAAGCCACAUCCUCAAGACAUCUCAGAGCUGGCGUGCAUACCUGGUGAACCUGUGUCAAAGGUGCAUGGACAAACAGGUCCCCCACUGGCUGUACACUCUGCCUGUUCUACACUGCUGCAUGGAGCUGUCCCCUCAGGGGAAGGACUCCGUGCGUCAGCCUGAGGACACCUGGGCCGCCCUCGAAGGAAUAUCCUUCUCACAGUUUCGGGAAAAAAAACCAGACCAGAGUCAAUUACUUCAGCUUAUGGAAAAGAAGCAUUUAUUGAGUAUAGAUGAAUACCUCUUCCGAUCCUGGUUUAGUCUGCUACCUCUGGGCAGCCUGGUUCACUAUAUUGAAAACUUCACUGAACACUUUAAUCAAUUUCCUGGUCAAGUCCUGGACUGUUUUCUAGGGUCUUACUACCGGCUACAAGGACUUCGGGAAAUCUCUUACCAGAAUCUGGAGGAUAUUGAGAACAUUUUAAAAAUGCUGUUGCACUUGCUGGAGGCUUAUCAAAACAAGAUUCCUGAGGAGACCUUGUUUCAGUCCUACCUGACUGUGUGCCUGAAACUCCAUGAGACUAUCUGCAGCAUUACCAAGCACCGGAAGUUUUAUGAGAUGCUUGCUUUAUCUGCUGAGAUUGUUUGCAGAAUUAUCAUACUUCUACCUCUAGAGGAUUCUACAGAAGGACAAGGAAACAAAACUGCAAAGAAUUCAGUCAAAACAGUCUUCCAGGGUACUCUUGCUGCUACUAGAAGUUGGCUCCGAGAAAUUUUUAAAGAAAACAUGUUGAAGCAUAGCUAUAUUUCAACUAUCUCAUUCACUUAUUCUGAGGAAAUUGAGGUCUGGAGGCGGCUGGUGGAAAUACACUUCCCCGCAGAGCAUGGCUGGAAGGAGUCGUUGCUGGGAGACAUGGAAGGGAGGCUCAAGCAGGAGAGGCCUCUCUCCCAGAUCUCUGCCUACUGCAGCAUUUACUGGGACACCGCGGGCUUGGAGGACAGUGUCGCCAAGUGCUUCGAGAAGUGUGUCAUUGAAGCUGUGAGCUCUGCCUGCCAGUCUCAGACCAGUAUCCUUGAGGGUCUCUCUUAUCGUGAUUUGCGGAAAUUUGGCACCCUUGUGUCUGCUGUGAUUACUAAGUCCUGGCCUAGACACAGUGGGGAAGCUGUGGAUGACUUGGAUACAAUUUUAAAACACCUGCUCACAUGGCCAGAUGUCAAACAUCUCUUCCAACUGUUUGGAACUGAUGAGAAAAUAUUAGCAAAUAUUACAGAGGAUGGCAAGAAGUUGAUGGCUGCUGCUGACUCUGUUUUCACAAAAAUUACCAGUGACCUUCUACAUGGAACGGUUUUAGUUGGACAGCUGCACUUGAUCAUGAAGCACAAGACUCAGUUUCUCAACAUCUGGCAGUCAAAGGAAAAAAGUAUUUCACCCAAGCAGGAAAGAUGUGAUAUGGGAAAAGUGCUGGAGUGGAGGAAUGAUGAACUGCUUUUCCUAAUGAGAGAGAAGAGAUAUGUGGAUAGUCUCUUGAAGCUGUGUGGGAGUGUGAGACACCUGAUACAAGUGGAUUUUGGAGUGAUUGCAACAAAACACUCGGAAGACCUCAGCAGUAAAAGAUUAAAUGAAGCUGUGACAGUGAGAUUGCCCACCUCCCCGAACUCACGGAUGACAACACAUUACAACCUGAGCCCCAAAGUCCAAGAAAUGGCUAAGAAGAUAGACUUGCUAAAAGACAGUCACAUCUUCCAGAUCAUCUGGGAAGAAUCUGCGAAGUCACUGAGUAAGCCUGAGGAGGAACUGGAAGCCGCAGAGGUGCUGAGUGGGUCUGAAGAAGAAUCAGAAAGGCAAAUACUUGACCUUGAAGCGGUGUAUGGUUAUUUGUAUAAUCUUUGUUACAAAAAGUUUAUUAGACUUUAUCAGGAUCUAAAGUCAGGAGAGGUCACCUUUGCCAAAAUCGAUGUCAUCUUCAAGGACUUUGUGAAUAAAUACCCUGACCUGAUUCUAGACCUCAAGAUCAUGUGUACUGUCGAUAACCAGGACAAAAGGGAUUGGAUCAAGGAGCGAGUUGAGCAGAUCAAGGAAUACCAUCACCUGCACCAGGCUGUCAACUCAGCCAAGGUCAUCUUGCAGGUCAAAGAAAAUUUGGGACUGACUGGUGACUUCAGUGUUCUUCACACUUUGUUAAACUUUACUGAUAACUUUGACAACUUUCGUGAGGAAAAACUGGUCCGGAUCAGCCAGCAGCUUAUCCGGGCCAAAAAGCUACUCCAGGACAUCAACACGACCCGGUGCCACUGUCUGAAGGAGCUGUCUCUGAGAAAGGAGUUCAUCAGCUGGGUUCGGGAAGCUCUUGGAGGCAUCAAUGAGCUGAAGGUGUUUGUGGACCUGGCUUCCAUUUCAGCAGGGGAGAACGACAUAGACGUGGACCGGGUGGCCUGCUUCCAUGACGCAGUACAGGGCUAUGCAUCCCUGCUGUAUAAACUAGACUCAAGAGCGGAUUUUGAUGUGUUCAUGGAGCAUCUGAAAGAGCUGUGGAAGGCUCUGGACAAUGACCAGCACCUACCCAGGAAACUGUGCGAUUCUGCAAGGAACUUGGAGUGGCUGAAAACUGUGAAGGAAAGUCAUGGGUCUGUGGAACUCUCAUCCCUGUCCCUGGCCACUGCCAUCAACAGCAGAGGCAUCUAUGUGAUCAAGGCUCCCAAAGGUGGCCAAAAGGUUUCCCCAGACACAGUUCUACGCUUGAUCCUUCCCGAGGGUCGUGGCGGCCAUGAGGAGAUUCGAAUCUAUUCUUUAGAAGACCUGAAGGAGCUUUUAAACAAACUGAUGCUGAUGUCUGGCAAAAAAGAUCACAAUAAUGUUGAAGUGGAGAGAUUUUCUGAGGUGUUCUGUGGCAUGCAGAGGCUCGUCCAGGCUUUCAUAGACCUGUACUCUGCUGGAAACAUGCUGUUUAGAACCUGGACCACCGAGGUCUACUGCUCCCCCAGGCAGGACGUGUCCAUCCGAAUGGACUUUGGCUUGGAGCUGGUGAGCCAACUUGCAGGGUGCGGAGAUGUCACUGAGCUGCUGGCUGUGCUCUGCAGGCAGAUGGAGCACUUCCUGGACGACUGGAAGAGUUUCGUGACCGAGAAGCGCAUGGAGCACUUUUACCUCAACUUCUACACAGCCGAGCAGCUGGUUUACCUUAGCACUGAGCUCAAGAAGCAGACUCCUAGCGAAGCCGCCCUAACGAUGCUGUCCUUCAUCAAAGGCCACUGCACCCCAGGGGAUGUCUUAAGGGCGUCUAGGGAGCACAGUGGUAAGGCUGCUAGAUACCUUGAGAGGAAGGUGACUGAAGAGUUGCCGCUGAUGCUCUUCUCUGAGUUCAGCCUGGUGGACAAGCUGAGGGUCAUCAUGGAACAGUCGAUGGCGUGCUUGAGUGCCUUCCUGCCUGAAUGCCUAGACCUGGAGGCCCUCGGUCACUAUCUGGCUCACCUGGCAAGGGUGGGUGGACCUCCCGUGGAGCGGCAUCUCCCAAGAGGCCUGCAGGCUGGCCAGCCCAACCUUGUCAUCUGUGGCCACUCCGAAGUGUUGCCAGCUGCCCUGGCCAUCUACAUGCAAGUCCCGAGCCAGCCCUUACCCACCUAUGACGAGGUGCUGCUUUGUACCGCGGCAACUACAUUUGAAGAGGUGGCACUGCUGCUGCGCCGCUGCCUCACCCCAGGCUCCCAGGGGCACAAGGUUUACAGCCUGCUGUUCGCAGACCAGCUAAGCUACGAGGUGGCCUGCAGGACGGAGGCACUCUUCCAGAGCUUGUGCACACAGCGCCACUGCGAGGACUACCAGCUUGUGAUAGUCUGUGACUGUGACCGGGAGCAUUGCUACCUCCCCUCUGCCUUCAGCCAGCACAAGGUCCUCGUCACCCCCCAGGAACCCCUCGAGGCCAUUCAGGCCUACCUGGCGCAUCAUUACCAGGUCCCAGGGCAGACCCUGUCGGCAGCGGCUGUGUUCAGGGACCGGCUGUGCAUUGGGAUCGUGGCCUCGCAGAGAGCGGGUGUUGGAAAGUCUCUCUAUGUGAAGAGAUUGCAUGACAAACUGAAGAUGAUGAAGAUAAGCAAGAAAAAGGUACCUCUAAAAACGAUUCGAUUGAUCGACCCCCAGGUGGAUGAAAGCCACGUCCUGGGCUCCCUUCUGCCUUUCCUGGAUGCACAGUACCAGAAAACACCCAUGAUAUUCCACUUGGAUGUGACCUCUUCAGUGCAGACUGGAAUUUGGGUGUUCCUUUUCAAACUCCUCAUUUUACAGUACUUAAUGGAUGUAAAUGGGAAAAUGUGGCUUCGGAACCCAUGUCAUUUAUAUAUCAUUGAAAUCCUGGAAAGGAAUUCGGUACGGCCAAAGAGGUCUUCAACAUUGAAUGCACGUGUCCCCCAGUUCAGUUUUCUUGAUAUCUUCCCAAAAGUCACCUGUAGACCUCCCAAAGAAGUUAUAGACAUGGAACUGACACCCAUAAGGAGCUACACAGACCCUGGGAUGGAUCAGAGAGAGUUCUGCAGUGAAACUUUCCAAAGACCUUACCAGUAUUUAAGACGAUUUCAUCAAAAUCAAAACCUAGACAUGUUUCAAUACCAGAAAGACUCUAUUGAAGGUACCCCAGAGGAAUGCCUCCAACAUUUCCUGAUUUACUGUGGGGUAAUAAACCCAUCCUGGUCAGAGCUUCGGAACUUUGCUCAGUUCCUGAAUUACCAGCUCAGAGAUUGUGAGGCCUCGCUCUUCUGCAAUUCAGAUUUUACUGGAGACACACUGAGGGGCUUCAAGAACUUUGUGGUGACCUUCAUGAUUUUUAUGGCAAGAGAUUUUGCCACUCCAACACUUCACACCUCUGACCAAAGCCCAGGCAAGCACAUGGUCACCAUGGAUGGGGUUAAGGAAGAAGAUUUAGCCCCUUUUUCUCUGCGAAAGAGAUGGGAGUCAGAGCCCCACCCAUAUGUUUUCUUUAAUAAUGACCAUACGUCCAUGACGUUCAUAGGCUUCCAUCUACAGCCCAACAAGAAUGGCAGUGUUGACGCCAUCAAUCACUUGAAUGGGAGGGUAAUCAAGAAAGACGUCAUGACCAUGGACCUGUAUAAGGGGCUAUCGCUUCAGAGGGUGCCCUUCAAUAUUGACUUUGAUAACCUGCCCAGACAUGAGAAACUUGAAAGGCUCUGCCUAGCCUUAGGGAUUCAGUGGCCCAUUGACCCUGAUGAAACAUAUGAGCUCACAACAGACAAUAUGCUUAAGAUCCUUGCCAUUGAAAUGCGCUUCCGGUGUGGGAUCCCAGUUAUCAUCAUGGGAGAAACUGGCUGUGGGAAAACCAGGCUUAUUAAAUUCCUUAGCGACCUGCGUCGUGGGGGUGUUGAUGCUGACACUAUAAAGCUGGUCAAGGUACAUGGAGGAACGACUGCAGAUAUGAUAUACACCAAAGUCACAAAGGCUGAAAAACUUGCCUUCUUUAAUAAGGACCAACAUGGGUUGGACACCAUCUUGUUCUUUGAUGAAGCCAACACAACAGAAGCCAUAAGCUGUAUCAAAGAAGUCCUGUGUGACUGUACGGUGGAUGGCCAGCCCCUGGCUAAGAACUCUGGCUUGCAUAUCAUAGCAGCCUGCAACCCUUACAGGAAGCACACUGAGGAGAUGAUCUGCCGUUUGGAGGCAGCCGGUUUGGGUUAUAGGGUCAGUGCAGAGGAGACGGCCGACAGGCUGGGCUCCAUUCCUCUGAGGCAGCUAGUGUACCGAGUCCAUGCUCUGCCCCCGAGCCUGAUUCCUCUGGUGUGGGACUUUGGACAACUGAAUGACAUUGCUGAAAAGCUCUACAUACAGCAGAUUGUCCAGAGACUAGUUGACUCCAUCUGCCUAGAUCAAAAUGAGACUCAUGUGAUCACAGAAGUGCUUUCUGCCUCUCAGGGUUUCAUGAGGAAAAGAGAAAACGAAUGCAGUUUUGUCAGCCUCAGGGAUGUGGAGCGCUGUGUGAAAGUGUUCACAUGGUUUUACAAUCACAGCGAGAUGCUCUUAUUACAGCUACAGUCCUUUCUCUGUGAGUCCAGCAUCAGCAAAAGUCACUUUGAGAGAGAUCCUGUCCUCUGGUCCCUGGUGCUGGCCAUUGGGGUGUGUUAUCAUGCCUCUUUAGAAAAGAAAGACUCCUAUCGGAAAGCCAUUUCCAGGUUCUUUCCAAAACCAUAUAAUGAUAGCAAGGUUAUUCUGGAUGAAAUAACUCAAACACAGGAUCUUUUUCUGAAUGGUGUGCCUCUGAGGAAAACCAUUGCCAGGAACUUGGCUUUGAAGGAGAAUGUCUUCAUGAUGGUUAUCUGCAUUGAGCUUAAGAUUCCCCUCUUCCUGGUGGGGAAACCUGGCAGCUCCAAAUCUCUUGCCAAGACCAUUGUGGCAGAAGCCAUGCAAGGCCAGGCUGCCCACUCAGAUCUCUUCCGGAGCCUGAAGCAGGUCCAUCUGGUGUCGUUCCAGUGCAGCCCACAUUCCACCCCCCAAGGCAUCAUAGGCACUUUUAAGCAGUGUGCCCGCUUUCAGCAGGGGAAGGACCUGCAGCAGUAUGUCUCGGUGGUGGUGUUAGAUGAGGUUGGACUGGCAGAAGACUCACCCAAAAUGCCUCUGAAGGCUCUGCACCCACUGCUGGAAGAUGGGUGCAUUGAAGAUGAUCCCGCCCCGCACAAAAAAGUUGGCUUCGUGGGCAUUUCCAACUGGGCCCUCGAUCCUGCCAAGAUGAACCGGGGCAUUUUUGUGUCACGUGGCAGUCCCAACAAGAAAGAGCUCAUAGAGAGUGCCAAGGGGAUCUGCUCUUCAGACAGCCUCGUUCAAGACAGAAUCCAAGGGUACUUUGGUUCCUUUGCCAGAGCCUAUGAAACGGUAUGUAAGAGCCAAGACAAGGAAUUCUUUGGGCUUCGUGACUACUACAGCCUCAUCAAAAUGGUCUUUGCCACAGCAAAAGCUUCUAACAAAAAGCCUUCCCCACAAGAUAUUGCACAGGCUGUCCUUCGGAACUUCAGCGGCAAAGAUGACAUCCAUGCUUUGGACAUUUUUACAGCCAGUUUGCCUGAGGCAAAGUGCUCGGAAGAAGUGAGCACCAUGCAGCUGAUCAAGCAGAACAUUUUCGGGACUCUUCAGGAUUCAGAUGGAGAGCUGGAAGAAGCAGAGUCCCGCUAUUUACUUGUGCUGACCAAAAACUAUGUGGCCCUGCAGAUCCUGCAGCAGACGUUCUUCAGUGAGGAACAGCAGCCGGAGGUUAUUUUUGGUUCCGGUUUUCCCAGGGAUCAAGAGUACACCCAGAUCUGCAGAAAUAUCAACCGAGUGAAGAUCUGCAUGGAGACAGGCAAGAUGGUACUGCUGCUCAACCUGCAGAACCUCUAUGAGAGCCUCUAUGACGCGCUCAACCAGUACUACGUUUACCUGGGGGGUCAGAAGUAUGUGGACCUCGGUCUGGGGACCCAUCGUGUCAAAUGUCGGGUUCACCCGGACUUCCGCCUGAUAGUCAUUGAAGAGAAAGAUGUCGUGUACAGACACUUUCCCAUCCCCCUCAUCAACCGGCUGGAGAAGCACUAUCUGGAUAUCCACACUGUGCUGGAGAAGUGGCAAAAGAGCAUCGUGGACGCGCUUAAGCUGUGGGUGGGGAAAUUCAUCGAUAUGAAGUUAGAACACUUGCUAGGCAAACACAAUUACAGCCCCGCUGACGCCUUCAUUGGCUACCACUCUGAUGCCUGUGCCUCCGUGGUGUUGCAGGUCCUAGAGAGACAAGGCCCUAGGGACUUGACUGAGGAACUUUACCAGAAGGUGUCUGAAGAGGCUAAGUUGGUCCUACUGAAUUGCGCCACGCCCGAUGCCGUCAUCCGGCUGAGUGCCUCUUCCCUGGGCAUGUUUGUGGCACAGUCCCUGUCGCGGGAAUACUAUUACAAGCAGCAGCACAAUUCCUUUGCAGAUUUCCUUCAGGCUCACCUGCAGGUGGCUGACCUGGAACACCAUGUCAUCUUCACAGAGAUCACCACUUUCUCCAGACUGCUAACAAGUCACGACUGUGAGAUUUUAGAAUCAGAGGUCACAGGCAGGGCAUCAAGACCCACAAUCCUGUGGCUGCAACAGUUUGACACUGAGUACUCAUUCCUGAAAGAAGUUCGAAAUUGCUUAACUAAAACAGCCAGAUGUAAAAUCCUCAUCAUUCAGACCGAUUUUGAAGAUGGCAUUCACAGUGCUCAGCUCAUUGCCUCAGCUAAAUAUUCUGUUAUAAAUGAAAUCAAUAAGAUACAAGGAAAUGAGGACUCCAUUUUAGUCUACUUCAUCACAAAACUGUCCCGGAUGGGAAGUGGAACAUCAUAUGUGGGAUUCCAUGGAGGGCUAUGGCAGUCUGUGCACAUUGACGACCUCCGGACAUCCACAGUCAUGGUCUCGGAUGUUACUAAACUUCAGAGUGUCACCAUCAGCCAGCUGUUCAAGCCAGAAGACAAGCCUGAGCAUGAGUCACGAGGUGGAAUAGGACAUGGGACAGAAGACAACUGUGAGGAAGCGAUGGAAACAGAGUCUAGCAGAUCAGAAAAGAUGGCAGAGAUGGACAUGGAAACAGAAAGUUCUGAGAAGACAGAAAACAACACUUCUGCACUGAGGGGCAAUGAUGUAAGUGUCCUGGACACCACCAGACUGCUGAGAAGCUGUGUGCAAAGCGCUGUGGGCAUGCUCAGAGACCAGAAUGAGAGCUGCAAGCGUAGCAUGAGGAGAGUCACAGUUCUUCUCAGCCUCUUAAAUGAUGAUGAUGAAUGCAGCGCCUCUUUCUUGUGGGUAUCCAAGAUGCGCCUUUAUAUUCUUUUAAAGAAGCAAGAAGAGAACCAGUUCAAUAGUCUGAAGGAGUGGGUAGUCAGGGAAGCUUCGAAUCAGGAUGCUCUCCAGGAGGCAGGCACAUUCAGGCACACCCUCUGGAAGCGGGUGCAAGGUGCUGUCACCCCUCUUCUGGCAAGCAUGAUAUCUUUCAUUGACAGAGAUGGCAACCUCGAGCUACUGACCAGGCCAGAUUCUCCACCCUGGGCAAGAGACCUUUGGAUGUUUAUUUUCAGUGAUACUAAGCUUCUGAACAUUCCUCUUGUGAUGAAUAAUGCAAGACCUAAAAGUGAGAUGUCCUACAUUAUGGUGCAGAACUACAUGGCCCUGUCAGAGAAUGCUUCCAAUGAUGUCCCAUUCAGCUGGAGAAUCAAGGACUACCUGGAAGAGCUUUGGGUCCAGGCUCAGUACAUCACAGACGCUGAAGAACUGUCAAAGAAGUUAGUAGAAAUCUUUCAGCAGACUCCUCUGGGCAAGUUUCUUGCCCAUUUCAGUGGAGAGCAGCAGCAAGAACUUCUUCAGUGCUACAUGAAGGACUUUCUUCUCUUGACCAUGAGUGUGUCCACUGGGGAAGAACUAAAG